UGAUGCGUCUCACCAUGACAUGGCAAUAGUAAACAGAAGGUAAAUUUUGAAUUGGGUCUGUCAAGCGAAAGUUUUCUUUGUAAAAUUCUAAAAUCGGAUCAAGUUCAAAGAAAAAAUGGCAAAUGCAAAAUCAGAGGCCGAUUCGAAUAUGAUUGCCAGUUUGGAUUGGGAAAUACCAUGCUCAACAUUUAAAGAGAUAAUCGAACCGAAUCGCUUAAGAGGUCAAAUGGAACUUAGGGGAAGCUUCCGCUCCAAGGAAUUCAUCUGGUAUCUGAACUUGGUCAAUGAUGGCUUCCUUCAACUGACUCUCGAUUGUACGACAACCACCGAAUACUGUUUUCCGACGCUUUACUAUGAUUUGAUAUUUGGUGGAACCCCGACAAAGCCGUACUUGUCCAGAAAAGGUCCUGUAUUUUCACUGAGCAAGGGUCCCCGUCAGUUAUACAGCUAUGGAACGCUAAAUUUAAUCACUAUACCGUUGAUAGCGUUUGAGCAGGAUUUCAGAGAGUUUUUGCCCAGUGACAACAAACUACUCAUCAGUCUUAAGCUGCACACCUAUAUUGAGGUUAGCGAUGCAGACGAUACUCGUGAAAUCAAAAUGUACUUGAAUCCAACGAAUGCGGCACUAAUGAAUGAUUUGAACCAACUGUUGAAAGAACCAAAAUAUUCUGACGUUACGAUCAUUUGCUCUGGAGGAGUAUUGAAGGCGCAUAAGUGUAUUCUUGCCGCCCGCAGUACAUUUUUCUCCGAGACUUUCAAGUCAGUUGAAUCCAUUGCCAACGAAGUUACGAUCAUGGACGUUGAUGUAUGUGUCAUGAAAUUGGUGCUUCAGUUUAUCUACACUGGCGAAAUAAGUUUGUCCGAAACGGAUUUGAUGGAAAUAUUGCGUUGUGCCGAAAAAUUCGAUCUGAGUGAACUGAGGGAUCUCUGUAUAAAAAAAAUGUGUGGCGGAGACAAAUUUUUGGGGUGAUCGAGUUUAAUAUUUCGGAGACAAAACCUGCCACUUCAAUGGAAGAAGAACAAUAUUCGACCCAGGAGAUUCUUUACAGGAAAUUUGGAUUUAGUUUGUUUAAUUGUAUCAACAUUGUAUUUAUUCUAAAAUUACAUCUGCCGUCAGUGAGAUCAUUAUUUUUAUGUCUUCCUUCUUCUGAUUAUUGCGAAUAAAUAUUUAUAAUACUCAA